AUGAGGCCCUAUAAGAAGACUGAGAAGCCAUGCAUGCUGUCAGAGUACCCGAAGCGAUAUCCCCUUUACUCCAUCACUGUUCCCAGAGGCUCAUUUAAGCCAAAAGAAGCAUACAAGAUGGCACAGAUACCCAUGGAAGGCAUCUCGACUACAAAGAGAGAUUACAUAGCUCAUGAAGUGUUGCCACAGAAACUUAAACCACCUGAAAAGCAUGACAAGAGUAUGGAUUUGACCUCCACUUAUAAACAAGAUUAUAACUCCUACCCUAUCUCUCAAGUACCUCCAUGCCUCCCCUGUGUGACGAGACACAUCCCCAGCACCAAGAUGGAUACAAGAACCGCUUAUGAAGAUGACUAUGUGUUAUGGAAUGAACCAAAGACAGAGCUGAUCAGACCAAACGACAGAUUUCACCCAUCAGAAGAAAAAUUUGACCACAGAACCAUUGUCCAGGAUGACUAUCUCUACAGGAGACCAGUUGCCACUCAAAGCUGCAAACCUCUGAAUCUGGUCCAGAAAACUGAGGGUCCCUUUGAGACUAUAACCAAUUAUAGAAUGAAUUAUGUGCCACAUCCUCUGCAGAAAUGUUAUGUCCAUAAAAAUGAGAAAUACAAGGUCAAUGAGGUCCCAUUUGAUGGCCUCACUACCCACAAAGUUUCUUACAAGGGGAUGGUUGGUGAGCCAGCCAGGCUUGCAAAACCGUACCAGCUGAAGCUUCUCCAUGAUCUUCCAUUUUCCUCUACAACUGAGUUUCAAGAAGAAUACCAAGCUUGGCCAUGGCAUCCCGUAUUCACCAAAAAACCUGACGUAUAUCUUCCGCCUCUGGAGAAAAUGGACCUUCACACCACUACUCAGGUACAUUAUAAGCACCCAAAUGGCAAGCCAGCCAAGAUGUGUCAAUCUUUGGCCCACCUUAAAAAAAUUACUGAGCCAUUCAAUAGCUCUUCUAUAAUGAAGGAAGACUAUAAGCCUUGGCUGUGCAAGAGACUAAAACCUAUCAUUCAUGCUCCGGAGCUGACCUUCCCAGCAAAACCAAUGGAUUGCUUGACUACCUUUCAGACCCAUUAUGUGCCUCAUCCACUCACAGUUGUGAAGAGCUAUAAACCUGGCUGGUCAGGCCCAAAUCAUCACACUCUGCUAGAUGCUAAAACGACCUAUGCCACCAGCUACACACCAAAGGGCCUUGUCAGAUGCUUGGCAUCUUACAAAGACCCAUCGGGUUACAUCUUUGAGGGAGCUGAUGCUGAUGGUCACAAACUUUAUCUGCCUGCUUCCAAGAGUGAGUGCCUACAAGGUGGACACUGA